AUGUCUGUGGAGCUGGUGACUCAAUCCAGGACCCACUGGGUGGGAAGAGAGCCCAGCACUGCUGGGUCCAGGGUCAGGUUAAUUGGAGAAGCGAUUGGAUACGGAGUUGGGAGAGGGAGGGGGCAGGCUGGGAUCCUGGGGCCUCCCUCCUCCCUCCCUCCUUUGCUGGAGGAGCCAACUUCAAAAGCCUUGUCCGCCUGCCGCCAGCCCAGCCACAGCCGCCCUGCUGCAGCCCGUCCGGGGACGCCUUCGGCUGGACUGGCUGGGCUUGGAGCGGACCUGGAGAGGUUCCUGCGCCCCACUGAGGACCCCGGGAUCAUGCUGGAGGCUCCCAGGCAGGAAUGA